UGGGAAAGGUGGGGGGGGGCAUUGGCCAUGUGUAUCGCGAGCAUGUCGUGCGAUACCGCUCUGUUCUCGCGCGGUUGGAUACCCAAGUCCUCUUUCCCACCAUUCGUAUUGCACCAUUUCUCUCCUUAUCUUUCUUUCCAUUUCUCGGAUUGGAAACUCUCUCUCUAAAUCCAUACAUCUGUGAUCUAUCUCUCUUGCCGGUGAUUAUGGAUGAAUCCAACUUCCCAGAUCCUCCUUGGCAGUUAAUUGAUGAACUUCAAGAUUUUACAUCCAAAGUGGCAGAUGGGGCAAUCGUUCCGUUUAGUCCAGAUUAUUGGACCAAGUCAGGAUCACCCCUGCUACCUCAACUGCCUGGUGUCAGCAGUGGGGCAAAACAAUGGGUAGAACCAGAGCAUCUGGUUGGUCAACCAGGACCAUCUCAAUUUUCUAUGACUUCUUAUAGUGGUGGGAAAUUUGAUGGAACGGCAGAAUAUCAAGAUGAAAGGAAAAAAAUGAAGGACAAAAAGUACAGAGAACGAUGUAGGGCAGAGAAAAGGCAAAUGGAGAUUGACAUGCUCAGGCUUUCUAAUGAGAAUUCGCUUUUGAAAAGUGUGAAUAAGGAGAUGAAGAAGGAGAAGGACUCCAUGAAUCAAAAUUUGCAAUCUGCAGGAGCUGAGAUAAAUAAACUCAGAAGUGAAAUUUGCAAGUUGAAAGGACAUAUUGGUCACCAACAAAUUCUGGUGGAGGCAUUUUCGCAGAAAAUAGUCAGUUCCAACCACGUACAAGAGCAGAUUAAAUUGCUCAGAGACGAAAUUGCUAGAUUCACUCCAAAUGUCUCGAGGAGCUAUCAAAUGUUGGAGAAGAAGGAACUUCUAGAUAAGUUUUCGUACUUGCAAUAUCAGAACAAGGUUCUGAAAGUGCAAGUCCAAGCUUUAUGCGAGAAGAUAAGCAAUGAGAAGAACAGUGAAGGACCAUGAAAAAAGGAGCAUGAUGAGGUAUUGUUACAUAUUGUGGCUAUAAAGAACCGGGGAAGGGGGGGGGGGGGUUGUGGAUUGCACAGUAUGACCUUUUUAGUAGUUUCUUUGUAUGGUCAAAUGUAAUUCGAAAACUUCUUGGUAUCGACUAUUUUGUUAAGCUCAGUUAGUGGUGCUGAUAUUGUAUGAUGGUUUCAUAAGCUAAAGACCUGUGUGCAGAAAUAAGAUGGCUACCCUUUUUCUCCUGUUUU